CUCCUCCUCCUGCUGCUGUUCACCGUCCCGUCGGCAGGAUGGACAAGUCUCUCUGCAGUCCGCAUCACGGGACCAACAAAACAAACUCUCCCUCCACGGAGCGGGGGAGCUCAGCGAGGAAGCCCGGCGGCCGGACCGGGACACACAGCCCCGGGUCUGGAUCCGGGUCUGGAUCCGGGUCUGGGUCCGGGUCCGGCUCCCUGGGGGGCCCGGCCGGAAUAGGGGGCAGCCGGGAAGCGAUGCUGGGGAACAGCAUGAAUGUGCAGCAGAGGAGGAGGCAGCUGGAAGGAGUGCUGAGCAAAUACACCAACCUGAUCCAGGGCUGGCAGAACAGGUACUUUGUGUUGGAUCCAGAGUCGGGACAGCUGCAGUAUUUCGUCAGCGAGCAGGGGAGAAGCCAGAAGCCCCGGGGGUCCCUGCCCCUGAUCGGUGCCUCGGUAACCACGAGCGACGAGGCUCCGCACAUGUUUGUCGUAAACUCCGUCAACGGAGAGCUGUACAAGCUCAGAGCCUCUGACGCCAAAGAACAGCAGUUGUGGAUCACUCAGCUCCAAACAUGUGCCAGGCGCCACUCCGACAGCAGUGCCAAGGUGAGGAAACUGAAGGGGUCAGAUGAGCACCUGAGUGUGGAGAGAGCAGGAGGAGGCCAGGAGGUGCUGGGCUACUCGUCCUCCGGUCGGACCCGUAGCUUCUCCCUGCUCCCCCACCUAACCCCAUCCUCAUCCCCGGGCUCCCAGAGGCACCUGGUCCCCACGCCCGCACCCGGCAACAUCGUCUCCAUCACCCACCACAAAUCUCCGGCUGCGGCUCGGCGGGCCAAGAGUCAGUACCCGGGUCGGCUGCUGGAGGUCAAAGAGGUGAUGUGCCAAGCCGAGGGCCAACAGAAGAACCUGGUCCAGUCCAUUGACUCCUUACCCACCAAAGGCCCCCUCUCCUGCCUGGACCAGGACCUGCUGCUACUCAAAGCCACAUCUGCCGCCACACUGAGCUGCCUGGGCGAGUGCCUGAACAUCCUCCAGCAGAGCCAGAGCCACAGCCAGGCGCCACCUCCGUCUCAGGCCUCCCAGCGAAACCACGCCGACCACGGAGCCCCCUCCGAUGGUGUUCCUGUGUGGACUGUACCAAAGUCGCCCUCAGGGGAGCUGAUGAAGAACGGAGGUCUGACCCCUCUGCGAUCAGCCGAGCCCUCGCCGGCCCUCAGGAAAAGGAGUCUGUCCCAUGGUGCUGAGCACCCCCCAGGGCUGGAAGACAUCAGCCCCAGUGAAGAGGUCACAGACACGGAGGACAACGACGAGGAGGACCUCGGCGUCCUGGACGACCAGCGGAGCAUCAUCCUCCACCUGCUCUCUCAGCUCAAACUGGGCAUGGACCUCACACGGGUGGUGUUGCCUACCUUCAUUUUGGAAAAGCGGUCGCUGCUGGAGAUGUACGCCAACUUCAUGGCCCACCCUGACAUGUUCCUGUCCAUCACAGCCGGGGCCACGGCCGAGGACCGCAUCGUCCGCUUCGUGGAGUACUACCUGACGGCGUUCCACGAGGGACGCAAGGGGGCCGUGGCCAAGAAGCCCUACAACCCCGUGCUCGGGGAGAGCUUCCACUGCUCCUGGGAAGUGCCGCGGGACAAAGUCAAACCCUCGGUCAGAUCGAACCAGAGCUCGACCUGGGAGCCGAGCCGGGGCCCCAACCACACGCAGCAGGAGGACGAGUCGCCGGGAGACUGCUACAGAGUUCGCUUCGUGGCCGAGCAGGUUUCCCAUCAUCCUCCGGUGUCGGGGUUCUACUGCGAGUGUCGGGAGAGGCAGAUGUGUGUCAACGCACACGUGUGGACCAAGAGCAAGUUCAUGGGGAUGUCGAUAGGAGUGUCCAUGGUGGGAGAAGGAGUCCUGUGUCUGCUGGAGCACGAUGAGGAGUACGUCUUCACGCUGCCCUGCGCCUACGCCCGCUCCAUCCUCACCGUGCCCUGGGUGGAGCUGGGGGGCAAAGUGUCCAUCAGCUGCGUCAAGAGCGGCUACUCGGCCACCGUCACCUUCCACACCAAGCCUUUCUACGGAGGGAAGGUUCACAGAGUGACGGCCGAGGUAAAACACAACCCGACCAACACCAUCGUGUGCAAAGCGCAGGGCGAGUGGAACGGCACGCUGGAGUUCACGUACAGCAGCGGUGAAACCAAAGUGAUCGACACGGCCAAACUCCCGGUGACCAGGAAGAAGCUGCGGCCGUCGGACCAGCAGGGGAGGAAGGAGUCCAGGUUGUUAUGGCAACACGUCACCAAAUCGCUGAAGGAGGGAAACAUCGACGAGGCCACGGCGCACAAACACAGACUGGAGGAGCGGCAGCGGGGGGAGGAGAGGAAGAGAGCGGCCGACAACAAACCAUGGACGCCCAAGUACUUCACUAAAGAGGGAGAUGGCUGGAUCUACAACAACUCACUGUGGAAGUCGACCUGACACCAGAGCAGCUCCUCUGAACAACCGAGACCCUGCCUCCCCAAGCCACCGAGGUCGGAGGUCAGGAGGUCGGACGCAGGGAGCAGCGCCCCCCCCCCAUGCAGGCCUCUGGACCUACAGACUCUCAGAGCGACACCACGGAGACACAAUCAUACAAACAAGCAAGGUGCCAAAGGGAUCUCCACUGUUAGACCCGGGACAGGGCGGGGGUCCAGAGCUCUUGGGACUGAAGUACAUUUUUAUAUACAGUUAAUAGUAUUACUAUUCAAAGUAGAGUAUUUCUAUUUUUCACCUUGCCAAGGCCUUUUUUGCACAUGCACAGUUAUGACGUUUGCCACUGGUGUUUUAUGAUCAACCUGUUUCUUCUCAGACAUCCUGUGGUUCAGAGCUUUUAGUUUCUCAUGCAGCGUUAGUGGAUGGACGUUCCCUGUAACACAUAAUACUGUAGCUGUGUGUAAGUACAUAUAAAGAGUCGUUUAUAAGAAGCACUUUUACCAAUAGAAAUAAAUUUAAUAUUUUAUAUAUCUGUGGCUUUUACCAAUCAGGGUCGUCUCCAAGAGCUUUAUGGAAAAUAAGACCACCUGAUCAGAUAGAAACAGAGUGUGUGCUACAUUAGAUCAUGUGUUAAAGUAUAUUAUUAUUCCGUACAUUACAGUGAGCUACUAGAACGUAAGAGGUCCUGAUUGUUUUGUCUGCACUAUGAAUGUAUCUGGACACAUUUUAAUGGAACGCCACAUUUUCCCAUCUUGUCCUGGGCACGACUUCACCUCACGCUCUUUGUUUGUAUUUCACCCACCGAGUGAGACGCCUCCACUUUCCAUUACUACCUCUCUCAUUCAGCUUCUCCAUUGUAACGUUUUGACUCCAAAAGGAAAAACACAGGUUUGUUAGUGGUGAAGUAGAAUAACCUCGACAUUAGGAGACAGUUUUCACCCCUUUGUUUGUGAGCAAGACUUCAUAAAACCCACAGGAAGGACUCAUAAAGGAAAUGAUUCAAUCCCUUUCUGAAUCUGUGCCCCUCAUAACGGCCCUUGAAUAACGAGAUUGGCUAUCAGGAGAACUUACACUUCCACCAGUCUCCUUAAAUUCAAUCAAGCUGCACCACAUUACACACACAGAUGGAAACCAGUCCCAUUAACCUGCCUGAUUUUAUCCCAUAAAGAGCCAUGAAUUGGGAAAAGGGUGAAAAUGUUGAAAAACGCCAUAUGGCACGUUUUUUUAAAUGUGGGUAAACCUGCCAAAAGAGGUGAUAAACUCCUUUCCCAUCGCCAGUUGAGUUUGCCUUUCUGUUUGACCCGUAAACGCCACACAAGCCUGAUGUUUGUGGGGUUUUUCACCAGUGGAAGAGGAGAUUAUGUUAAAGAAAAGAUUCCCUGGAUUCGCACCAGAUUUGAACAGGUUCUCCCCUGACCCACAUCUUGUUCUGUAGUUUUUACGUAAUCUUGCUCACAAUCAAAACAAUCAACAAGCAAAUGGACGGGUAUGAAAACCUCCUUGACCGAGGUGACUGAGCAGCCGCUGUACGUCCAGGUCAACGCUUCCCCUCAUGAUGAAGGAUGGAUGAGGGUUUGCAGGAGAGUGGCCAUGUUCUUGUAUCAUGGGGGGGUUUGUUGGAAGGUUGGUUCUGUGAAGGUAACCGACCCGUUGGAUAGAAAAGUGUCAGACGACUGUAGAACCAGACUGAAAGACAAACACAAAUCCAAUGAAUCCUGUUGUUCUCCACUGUACGUUUGCUUUUAUGGCCUUUUUUCUUUCACUCUUCACUGCUUCUUCCUUCAGUUGUGUUCGUAGUGGUGAUAUUUUUAGCCAGGUGAAUUUACCAGAUGCCAGUUUGUAGCCUCGGCCGUGACAGCACACGGUCGAUCUCCAUCUCACUGCAGGGCAGCGUGACAGCCGUCACCUCUGCUCCUCCCUGCUCUCCGACACUCGCCUUACGUGAAACUGUCGACAAGGAGUUUUCUAUAUUCCAGAGGAUCCGGACUCACCUGAGUAGACAGUGAUUGUGGAUAAAUGAAGGAAAUGUCCAUUAAUAAAGACCUUGUACCUUUUUAAAA